AUGGGCCCCCUAAGGUUUAGGGUCGAAGGAAGCACCUUCCGGGAUUCACAGAACAGAGAGGUCGCUUUGAGAGGAAUAAACGUGGAUGCUGCUGCUAAAUAUCCCAAAACGCCUAAUAUACCCUCGUACGUAUCGGAGAACUUCUAUGACGGGGAUAAUGUUUCUUUCGUGGGCCGACCGUUCGAACUGAAAGACGCGCACACUCAUUUUACAAGAUUAAAGAGAUGGGGUUACAAUUUCAUAAGAUAUAUUUUUACUUGGGAGGCUCUUGAGCAUAGCGGACCCGGCAAAUAUGACGAGGAAUUUAUAAAAUUCACAAUAGAAAUACUCCGUCUAGCAAAAAGCUAUGGGUUUUAUGUGUAUAUGGACCCUCAUCAGGAUGUGUGGUCUCGAUUCUCUGGCGGCUCAGGGGCUCCUAUGUGGACCGUUUACGCGGCUGGCUUCAAUCCUCGCAACUUCAAUGUUACCCAAGCUGCCCUUGUGCAAAAUACCUAUCUCCCAGAGCCUGCGUCCUUCCCGAAAAUGAUCUGGAGCACGAAUUAUAGCCGACUCGUCUGCCAGACGAUUUUCACCCUUUUCUGGGCGGGAAAAGACUUCGCACCAAAGGCAAUUAUCGACGGUAAAAAUAUUCAAGAUUACCUCCAAAGUCACUACAUAAAUGCAUGCAAGCAUCUUGCAACCCGAAUUCAUGAGGCCGGCGAUCUGGAGGACGAGGUCGUAAUUGGGUGGGAAAAUAUGAAUGAGGUGAAUCGAGGGCUAGUAGGAAUUCAAGAUCUCUCUAUUAUCCCUUCAGACCAGCACCUCCAACUUGGCACUUCACCCACUGCUUUUCAAGGGAUGUUGACCGGCUCCGGCCGUGCAUGCGAAGUGAACACAUGGGGGUUUGGUAGCUUUGGGCCCUACCAAAUUGGAAGGGAACUGGUUGAUCCUAAGGGCCAAAGUGCGUGGCUGACCGCUAAUUUUGACGACACUCUCUACGGUUGGAAAAGAGAUCCUCAGUGGAAAUUAGGAGAAUGCCUCUGGGCUCAGCACGGCGUCUGGGAUCCAAACACCGACAGCUUGCUGAAAAAGGACUAUUUUGCCAAGGACCCAAAGACGGGUAAAACCCUCAACUACGAAGAUUUUACGAAUCAGUAUUUUAUGGAUCACUAUCGGAAUUUCAAAAAUGCCAUUAGAAGCGUGCAUGCCAAUGCUAUCAUGUUUUGCCAGCCGGCUGUGUUGGAGUUACCUCCGUCGAUCAAAGGAACUGAGGAUGAUGAUGCAAACAUGGUCCAUGCCGCGCAUCAGUAUGAUGGGCUCACGCUCAUGACCAAACACUGGAAUCGCAUCUACAACGUGGACGUUGUUGGGGUUAUACGGGGCAAAUAUCUCAGCCCGGUUUUUGCUAUCAAAAUAGGUGAAACUGCAAUUAGAAAUUGCCUCCGCGACCAACUACGCUACUUGCGAAACGAGAGCUUCGAUUAUAUGGGUCUCCACCCCAUGGUUUUCACGGAGCUUGGCAUUCCGUACGAUAUGGAUGACAAACAUGCAUAUAAAACAGGCGAUUUUAGUAGUCAAACCAGCGCAAUGGAUGCAAAUCACUUUGCGAUAGAAGGGAGUGGAUCAAAUGGCUUUUCGCUGUGGUGUUAUACGUCAGAGAAUUGCCAUGAAUGGGGGGAUCGAUGGAACGGCGAGGACCUUUCCAUAUUCUCAGCCGAUGACCUAGAAUUACCUCUUCAAGAUCUGGAUGUGCUAGGAAAUAUUCCGCAAAAUCGGCUCUCCACAUCCUCUGAUCGAACUUCUCCCACAUUCUCCACUGCUCAAAGCAGUUCAGCUACCCAUGUUUCCUCUCAAAAUCUAAAAAACGCGAUUCCACAACCUUCUAUAAGUCAAGUGUCACAGCUAUCUCCCGAGCUGACGGAUAAGCCUGGUUUCCGUGCAGCAGAAGCAUUUAUCCGGCCCAGCCCUGUCGCUACCCACGGCUCUAUCAAAGAAUAUGGAUUUGAUCUCCGAAACUGUAUCUUCACACUAUCAUUGUCUGCCGACACUGCUACAACCGAAGCUGCACCUUCUACUAUCUACCUCCCCGAGUGGCACUAUCCGAAAAUGAACACUGAGGUAGCUGUUAGUGGUGGGAAAUGGGCGAUUGAUGUUCAAGAGGGGCUAAAACGGAAAGCUGCGACUGUUCCUGACACCAGUGAGGAUGAAGGAUAUCUUGAGCAAUGCCAGCGUAAUUCUUGCAAUGGCAUGGUGCCAGGUCUGGUCGUAGAUAUACAUCCAAGCCAUUGCUGGUACGAGCCAGCCACGACAAAAACUGGAACCAAGAAGAUCGGUGAACCAUGGAUGACGAAGAGCGUCGACGGCACUGAUCCGCAUCUCAGUGCGUAA